AUGGGUUCUUUCUCCUCCGCGCUGGCGCGGUCCCGCAACACCGUCGUGCAGCCAGGAUCGUCGCCGCCUCAGUCCGAAGUGCCGCUCGCUGCUCCCAAGUCCCUCAAAGAUUCUAGAACCCAGCGGCGGGCACUCGGGGGUCAAGGCUCUCCCAGACCUUCCCCAGCUUGGGAACCACCGCUGGGCAGGCAUAGCCAGCAGGAGCUUCCGAAGUUAGAGAGCACGGAGCUGUCCCCGGUGCUGAAACGUUUGCCGACCAUGUCCCAAUCCUCCCCCAGCGACAGCCCAGGAGGGACUGGCACUGGGAAGACAGAAGAGUCAAACACCCAGACAGAAGCCACAGAAGAACAGCCAGCUGCAGAAGAACAAGCCUCCAGAGAGCGGAGCGCGAAGGGGCGCGGCAGCCCGGGCCAGCCCACAGCUACACACAGCCUUGUCAGUCCCCCUGCCGUCGCAGCUGCAGCGGGCUCGGGAUGGGGCAGUGGCGGGGGCGCAGGGGCUUCACUAGGAGUCUUGGUUAUUAGCUCCCAGGUCUGGGUGCCUGCAGCCGGCGUGAGCAGCUUGUACCUAGCGCGGGUCUGCAGUGACAGUGCAGCGGAGGGAGGCUGGGCGCGGGCUCAAGCCAGGACCCGGGACGCACGAGUCAUGACGGACACCAGCCACAAGAAGGAGGGCUUCAAGAAAUGUAGGAGCGCCACUUUCAGCAUCGACGGGUACAGCUUCACCAUCGUUGCAAAUGAAGCAGGAGAUAAGAAUGUCAGACCCCUUGCACGCUUCUCCCGAUCUAAGUCACAGAACUGUCUGUGGAACUCCCUCAUUGAUGGGCUCACUGGGAAUGUUAAGGAGAAGCCACGGCCAACAAUUGUCCAGGACACCCGACCCCCAGAAGAAAUUCUGGCAGAUGAAUUGCCACAACUGGAUAGCCCAGAAGCUUUGGUGAAGACAUCUUUCAGGUUUGGUGGCUGA